AUGUUCCGCAAGGUGAUCUCAAUCAAGGAUUGGGGGAACGACGCAUCCCUCUGGGCCCAUUGCUUCAGCAGUUACGUCGCCAUCUGGUGUGAAUUCUUCGCUGCCAAGCACCCGUUAUGCAUCAUUGGAAUGGUUCUCUUCCACCGCCGUAUUUGUGACCUUGCCAAGGCCUAUAAAUGGCAGGAUUGUAUCCUACAAAUGGGCCUGGACCACCAUCAGAUAGUCGUCGAUAAAGGCUACCUCACCGUUUCUCUUAGUGACUGGGAAAUUGGGAACGCCCCCGAAAGCUCCUACCUACGCCCGGACAACGUGCUCCCAGCGAAGACGGCGCUGACUACCCCAACCACUCGGUCAACGCGCUCCACCGCUGCCCCAAAUGACGAUACUUUUAUGGUCUUCGACUCUUCGCUUCCGCCUCUGCGUGAUUCCGCUUACCCCUUCAUCACCUCGGCGUGGAAAGCUCUCCUAGAACGCUAUCCUGGCGAUCUUGGGACUAUUUGCAGCAGCAUCCUUACAUUCGGCUGCCGCCUCGGUUGUACGACCCGGCCGACAGACCGUCGAACUCCCAAUCACUGCAUUGAGGAACCCUCUCUCAUUACCCAGAAGCUCCCUGAUGACCUAUUUAGUCGUCAGGUGCAACUAUCGACCGUUCCCGUUGUUGUUUCUCCGCUAGGGCUAGUGCCUAAACACGACGGGGGCUGGCGCCGGAUCCAUGAUCUUUCCUACCAUCCGGGUCGCAGUGUCAACGAGUCCAUCCCCGACUCCGCCUCUGCUAUACAAUAUAUCUCCAUAGAUAACAUCUUCGACCUUAUACGCACGUCUCCACGACGAUGCUACAUCAUCAAACGCGACAUCAAGGAUGCCUUCCGCAAUAUUCCCGUCGCCCCCGCUGACCGGCCCCUCCUAGCCUUCAGGUGGGAUAACAAGACAUACAUGGAGUGCCGCCUUCCAUUUGGUCUUACAACUGCACCCUUCAUCUUCAACCUGUUUGCUGAGGGCCUCAACAGGCUCUUAACUGCCUACUUGCCUUUGGCCUCUAUCGUUCAUUACCUUGAUGAUUUCAUCGCUAUUUUCCCUUCUUCCGUAGGAGGUCUCUGCAAAGCCCUUGCCGCUUUCAAUUCCGUAUAUAUUCCUCUUACGGAUGCUGUCCUUGGGGUCGAAAUCGACAUGACACUUUUGCAGGCCCGCAUGCCCCGCGAUAAGCUAGCACGCGCAUCUUCCGAAGCCGCAUCGCUUCUACAGCUAGAUCGUGUCUCGCAUAAAGCUUUGCAACGUGUAGUAGGUUUCCUCCAACACUGCUCAAUGGUUAUCCGUCUCGAAGAGCCCGCCUUCAGUCGCUCUACAACGACCUCGCAUCCGUCCCGCCUCACCAGCGCUCCCUUCGCCGCCUAUCCCAUGAUAGCCGCAGGGAUCUUGCCUGGUGGAGGGACACUCUCUCGUUAUUUAACGGCAUCCAUUUUUUUUGAGAAGAGCCGCCCCCUAGUUGCCCUCUACACAGACGCGUGCGACUCAGGUCUGGGCCUCUUCAUCUUCUAUGCGCCCUCAUGGGACUCCGCCAGGGACUAG